AUGGCAUAUUCACAAGCUCAGGCAAUUGAAUAUUUUCAAUCAUUAACUAACUGUAAUGAUCGACAAGUUGUCAUUGAGUUUUUUAAAAUGUACGAAUGGGAUGUCAAUUUUGCUACAGAAGCAUUGUUGACGGAUCCUGAUGCAGGCCGAAUUAAAAGUGUUAAACCAAAGACGCCCACUUUACUUCGAACCAUUUCAAUGGAAGUAGGAAUCCGAUAUAGAUUAACGAAUGAGGAUUCAACAGAACAAGAAACAAGCUCUGAAAAUCAUGAUCAACAAGCAAAAAAUCCUUCCCUUAAUCUAUCAAGUCAUUCAGAAACAGAAAACGAUUCCAAUCACACUACAGCAACAUUGAAUAUAGAACCUUCUGAUGAUCAAGUGCAUCAACUUGCUGCAUCAAAUACAGAAACCACAUCUUCAAUCUUUCCCGAUAUCCAACAAGUAAACAACAACUUCUGCAAUACGUAUAUUGGUUCAAAUGUCAUUGGUAACAAUCAUCGAAUCAAUACUCCAUGGGGAUCCCGAAAAAUUGUUUAUGCUGAUUAUACAGCAUCGGGACGCGGUCUAAGAUUUAUCGAAGACUACAUGAUGACCAAUGUCCUACCUUUUUAUGCUAACACACAUAGUGAAAAUAAUGCAUGUGCAUUACAAACUACGAAAUAUCGUGAAGAAUCACGAACGCUGAUUAAACGAUGUGUGAAUGCAACCAAUGAUGAUGUAGUCAUUUUUACUGGAUCAGGAGGAACAGCUGCUAUCAAUAAACUUGUUGAUGCUUUACAGCUGAAAGAUGAAACAGUUCGAAGAAAAAAUGUUGUAUUUAUUAGUACCUUUGAACAUCAUUCAAAUAUUUUACCAUGGAAAGAAACCGGUGUUGAAGUUAUACGCAUUCCUAAUAAUAAGCAAGGUCUGAUGGAUGACAAUUUCUUAACGGCUCAAUUGAAAAAGUAUCAUGAUGAAGGUAAAAAACGUAUUAUUUGUACUUUUAAUGCGGCGAGUAAUGUAACUGGUAUUCGAACUGAUGUUGAUAAUAUAUCAACACUUGUUCAUCAAUAUUGCGGUUUGAUUUUUUGGGAUUAUGCAGCAGCAGCACCUUAUGUUAAAAUUGAUAUGAAUCCAUCCGAAAUCGCUUCUAAAGAUGCUGUUUUUAUUUCUACACAUAAAUUUGUUGGUGGACCAGGGGCACCAGGUAUUUUAAUAGCUAAGAAAAAACUUUUUACCAAUGAAGUUCCAUCUGAUUGUGGAGGUGGUACAGUAAAUUUUGUAACUAGAACACAGACUGAAUAUGUAAAAGAUAUCGAAACACGUGAAGAAGGUGGAACGCCCAAUAUUCUUGGUUCUAUUCGAGCUGGUUUAGUUUUUCAUUUAAAAGAAUCUGUCGGUUGUCACACUAUUGAAACACGUGAAGACGCAUUAGUUGAAAAAUUCUUUGCACGCUUUCGAAAUCAUCUUACAUUAUUUGUACUUGGACCAUCAACUGUUGCUCGACUAGGAAUAUUUUCAUUUCUGAUUUAUGUGCCAUCUAUUAAAAAAUGCUUGCAUCACAAUUUUAUUUGUGUCUUAUUGAAUGAUUUAUUUGGUAUUCAAGUGCGAUCAGGAUGUUCAUGUGCUGGGCCUUAUGUUUUAGAUCUGCUUAAUAUUAAUGAUGAAACAGCUGGCAUUUAUGCAAAAUUUAUUACAGCUAAUGAAAAAGAUGGACUGGGUGAAAUACCUAAAAUUGAACUAAUGAAGCCUGGUUUUACUCGAUUUAAUUUAUCAUAUUUUGCAAGUGGUAAAGAAGUUGAUUAUAUUUUAAAUGCAGUUGAAUUUAUCGCAACUGAUGGAUGGAAAUUUUUAUCAUUGUAUACGUAUAAUCCAGAAACAGCAGUAUGGCGCGCUCGUUCAAAAUCAUCGCAAAAUAAUCUCUCUCAAUAUCAUAGUCUACGAAUGAUUAGUUAUACAACCGGUACAAUGGAAGAAAAUCUUGAACAGCAACAAAAUUCAGAUACGCCUCCUCUCAUUACUAAUAUAUCUUCGGAUGAUCCGAUCGAGGACGCUAGACUGAUCGCAAACAAAAUACCAAAAUAUGUUUAUGAAAAUAUCUGUUCUUUAAAAGAUACACCAUUAAAUAUUCCAGAUAAAUAUAAAGAUUUUAUUUGGUUUGCUAUACCGAAAGAUGUUAUUCCAAAAAUUGUCAUUGAUUUUGCACAAAUUGGUUCUACAACAGUACCGUUCCGUCCAAACAGAGAUAAUUAA